GGGCAGUUGGGAGGGGGAAGGGCUAUGGCACCACACAGGGAUGGGAGGUAGGGUGACCAGACAGCAAAUGUGAAAAAUCAGGGCAGGGAGUGGGGGGUAAUAGGAGCCUAUAUAAGAAAACGACACCAAAAUUUGGACUGUCACUAUAAAAUCGGGACGUCUGGUCACCCUAAGGAGGUGGCGGGAUAGCCAGGAUAGCAAGUGUGGGAUGAAAUAUUUCCAAAGCAGAUGGGCCCCAUUACAUAAAUAUGCAGAGUGAUGGUGCUGAGAUUGGAGCAAAGGGAGGGGGACAAUGUGAUGGGGGAGCUGAUGGGGCGAGAGACUGAUGGAGCGGCAGGAGACAAAUUCUUCACACAGCACCAUAAGGUCAGCAAUGCCUGGUAAUACAGUAGUGUUUGAAGGGAAGGAUGCUUGUGGAGAGGAGCUCCUUGUCUCUGCUGGAGCUCAUCCCUACCUAUGGUUAAUGCUAAGUCAUUACUGGCUGUGGGUUAUCAUUUCUGAAGCUGAACAGCAAGGGAUGAAACUGAAAACAUUUACAGGGUGCUAGAGCCUUUUUAACGGGCAUAGCUGGAUUUUCCCACUAGAGGGAAUCGUUCACUCAAAUAUACAGAGAACAGCACAACACUUGGCAAAACAGACCCUUUAAGGCUAGCCCUGACUGUUUUACAGAGACAGGUGACUGGGUCCUGUUGAAUGUACAGCUGCAACACAAAGAGGCUCAUCUCUUAAAUGAUCCUGCAGCUCCAAGUCACUGGCAAGCAGAAGGAAGAGUGAAAUCCUUGCUGUUUGUGCAAGUCUUGCCACUAAUCAGAAAUCAGGCUGUCUCCUUGCUCACCAAAAAUUAAGAUGUUUAUGCUUCAACUUUUAUGUGGACAAAGUGAACUCUAUGAGUGUGAGGACCUUCCACACAGGGAAAAUUCCAGGAACAUUCGUUGUUUCCUUGGAGGAUUGGAGCCCCAGCUGGCAGGACCUGGUAGCUGUGCCUAGAGACCAUGCCAGGCUUGUAUUCUCUAGCUACCUGGACAGCUCUCCCUUUGAAGAGCUCAUGCGUAAAGGCCUGUGCCAAUGGGUACUCCCUGGGAGUCACUGCUCACCUCACUUACAUCAACUCAGAGGAGGAUCCUGUAGAAGGUGUGUUCAUCUAUCCGCUGGAGGAGUCUGAGGUGGUAGCGGGUUUUGAAGCUGUAACAGGAAGCAGAAGCAUCACCUUCCAGAUCCAGAAUCGACACCGAGCAGAGGACUGCUGUGUUGACUGCAGCCCCAGUUUGGGCCAGCCAUUCCUGUGCCCCAACGGUCACCUAAUCCUUGAUGAAGAUUUAGAGCGUUCUACCUUCAUCCUCAGCACGGGCCCCAUUGGGCCCUCAGAAAUCCUGACUGUGGUCUUCAGCAGCAGCCAGGAGCUGUCGACCCUACCAGACGGUGCACUCCACAUCAUGUUCCCCUCUAUCCUCACGCCCCUCGUGGUAGCCGUCCCGGAAAGUGCGAGUGAGCCGGGAGGCUUGUGUGACGACAGGUUGGCCCUAUGUCCCACUAGCUGCUUUGGAGCUACUGGCCUGCGAAGUGAACAGUCAUUCAUUGUGCCUCCCGAGAGCACAGACAUCUUCAGGGGCCAGGCCUACAAUCCCUUCCCCUAUGAAUUCUCCUUUGAGCUGCUGGUCAAGGGGCCCUGCUUGCUGGCAGGCUUGGAGAGCCCAUCGCAUGCCCUUCGGGCUGAUGCAAACCCCUAUGCCAACUCUGCCUCCACCAUUUGUGUUACCUUGGCAGAGGGUCACCAAUGUGACAGGAGUCUGGAGAUUAUCUUGUACCCCUGUGAGCCCCAUUGCCCUCACCUGGUCAUUGAGUCGGGUGCCAUGACGUACCAGGAGUAUGAGGCGCACAUCAGGAGUCGUCGGGAUUACGUGCGAAUUGCCAAGAAGGACAGUGAUGGGGAGAGACAGGUGGCCUUUGUUCAAAAGCGAUUCCACAAAGACAUCUUCCACAACCCGGUCCUGAUGCUGAACUUCUGUCCUGAGGUGGGCAGUGUGCCUACUGACCUCCAGACGGUCACCCGGGAAAUCCUCUUCCUCAUCGACCAGAGCAGCAGCAUGAGUGGCCCCAACAUCAUCAGGAUCAAGGAGGCCUUGCUGGUGGCAAUGAAGAGCCUCCCUUCAGGCACCUUGCUGAACAUUGCUGGAUUCGGCUCCCACAUCAAACCCCUCUUCCCAGCAAGCAAGCCCUGCAGCAAUGAGAACCUCAGGCUGGCCUGUGAGCACAUACAGAAGCUCCGAGCCGAUAUGCAUGGGACCAACCUCCUGUCUGCUCUGACCUGGAUCCUGGGGCAGCCUCUUCACCGUGGUUACCCGCGCCAGCUCUUCAUCUUCACGGAUGCCAAUGUCAGCAAUGCAGGCAAGAUCAUUGAGCUGAUUCGGAGGCAGGCCAGCACCGUCAGGUGUUUCAGCUUUGGCCUGGGCUCUGGAGCCUGCCGGAGGCUCCUGAGAGGCCUGGCCAAGGUAAGCAAAGGUCGGGCUGAGUUCCUGAGCCCUGAGGAGAGGCUGCAGCCCAAGCUGAUAAAGUCUCUGAAAAAGGCAAUUGAGCCUGCCGUGAGUGACAUCACCAUAGACUGGUAUGUGCCUGACACCAUGGAGGCUCUGCUGUCACCCAAUGAAAUCGCAGCCUUGUACCCAGGAGACCGACUGAUCAGCUAUUGCACCCUCUACAACAUCGCCAGCUUCCGGGACAAGAAGACAGGUAGAGAACGGGUGUGUAGAAGCCUUUCACGGGGCUCUGUGGGGUCAGCAUUCCAGUCCCAGGAUGAGGCAUUUAGCCCAGAUGUGGCUCACCCGUACCCAGCUGAGGAGAGCCAGGACAUCAGUCAAGCCCUGCAGGAGAUUUCCCGUGAGAUUUCCCUGGAGUUUUCCACUGGGGGCGUCGAGGAGUCCGAGAAGAGUGUGGAUCCUGUUUCUGACAUCUGGAAGAGGAUUUACCAGUCCUCCUACAUCCAGGAGCAGUAUGUCCUCACUCACUGCUCCGUCAGCACCGACCGGAGCCAGGGCCUACUCUCCCACGGCUCCACCAGCAGCGAGUCCACUGGCUCCAGGGACAUAGCUCCUGAGAGUGGCUCACUGGCCUGCACCCUUGAAGCCAACUCUCAGCAGGGACAGAAGAGCGUUUCUCUGUGCGACUCCUCCACCAAAUCUGCUCCACUCCCGCAGGCCGGGCUGACUGCUGCCACCAAGGCGUGCGUGGUACUGAGCUCCGAGGAGCUGGCGCGGCGGAAGAAGGCACUAGCACGAGCUGCCUUAUCUGGACGCAGCUUUUCGUCCCCGCACGGUGAGCUGGAUGCCCAUCGGCUGCGCAGGGCCCUGGAGAAGGUGUCCCAGAAGCGGAACCAGUCCCUGGAAGGGAAACUGGAUGAGAUUGGGCCAGAGCUGCAGAGGCUGCGAAGGAGCCUGGCAGAUUCCAGUAACUUGCUCUCGCCAUCCCAUCUGGACUGGGACAUGUUGGUGGAGCCCCCAUAUCUCUUCAGCGCGUCGCCAACAGCUGAGCGCGGUGAGUGUGAGGGAGGUGCCUGUCUGCCCCUGCGAUGUCAGGUGGUGAUCCAUGCACUCAGUGCCGGGAAGCCUGUCUCCUGGGAAGUGACAGUCACCCUGGAGUCUCUGCUCCAAGCCAGGGCCAGGGAGGGCAAAGAUGAGCUGCCACAAGAGUUGUGUAAGGGCUGGGACAAACUGCUGCACCAUCUGACUGCCAGCUCCAUCAUCCGGGACCACGAGAAUGUGGCACAGAGGGAAGCUGAGCUGGAGCACAGUUUUUCCCGGAGGCUCCGCCUGAAGGCCAUUCAGUCCAGCAAGGCUUGCAACACACCCUCCAUCUACACCUGCUUGGUGCCUGUGGACUCCUCCACCCAGGAGGCCCUGCCCAGGGCCCUUGAGGUUCGCAGUGCAGGGGGCCCUUCCAGCCAUCCCCGAGGGUCCCAGGCUGGGAUCCGGCGCCAGUGCAGUUACUCAGUGGGCCUGGGACGACGGCGUGACUCAGAGGAGCUGGAUGAUGCUUUCAUCUCUGCAGAGCGAGACGAGACACCCACUUCUCCCGUCAGUGUCUCCUCUGCUGCUGGCGCCUGGGAAAAGCAAAGCUGCCGUGAUGGUCCUGUGUUCAGUCCCUCUGCCACCUCUGUGGGAUCCCAGAAAUCCAUGGAGAACUUUGCUGGCUCCAGGUUCAGUCUCAGCAGGAUCAGGGGACACGGCCUAGCGCUGCGGCCACAGUGCAUGACCCCAGAAAGCGAGCUCUCCAAGGACAGUGCCAUCCAUGACUACCUCCCACUGGUGCAGCUGCAGCAGGCCCAGGGCACCUUCCAGCUGACGGAAAGCUUCUCCGAAGUGGUGCAGAUCCCGCUGGACCGUCUGCACCGCACCUCGCCGUACGCUUCGCACCGCGCCAGCCUCAGCCCUGGCUCCUGCACCUCCCCCUGGGCACUCGUUGCCAAGGGCAGCCCUGACGGCCAAAAGCAAGUGGCCGGCCAGGGCACGGAGCCUGCCAGAGGCAGCCAGGAGGGGGUGCCAGAACCAGGCUCGCCCCAUUCGCGCAGCACCUGCUCUGAGGUCCUAAGCACCGCCAUCUGGCCGCAGGCAGACAGCGGGCGCGGCUCUGAGACCGACGCCUGCGACCACUCGCCCGUCACCUCCGAAGCCGUCAGCCUGCAGGAGGUGGGGCUGGAGGCCGACGAGGGGGACCUGGAGAGCGCCAGCUGGGCCACGGCGGUGGCGCUGGCCUGGCUCGAGCACCGCUGCGCCGGCUUCUUUGUGGAAUGGGAGCUGCUGGCUGCGAAGGCAGACGCCUGGCUCCGGGCACAGCAGCUGCCGGAGGGCGUGGAUGUGGGCUCCCUGAAAGGGGCAGCGCGUCACCUCUUCCUGCUGCUACGCCACUGGGACGAGAACAUCAAGCUGAACAUGCUGUGCUACAACCCCAGCAACAUGUGAGGGGAGGGGCAGGGCCCGGGCUCCAUGUGGUGCCAAUAAAGAGGUUUGGUUCAGCCCCGCUGUGCCCACAGCUCCUUCCCCUCCUGAGCUGCCCCUGAGGGGCGCUUCCCUCUGAGAUGGCCAGGCCCCACCUGCUCCAGCAGCCAGCUCCCUCCCACCAUCAGCACUGCUCCUGGGCCCAGGCACCGAUCACUCGGCCUCCUGCUUGGGGGCUGGGGUAGCCAACGAGCAGCAGAAGGGUUUUGGAAGCAAGUGAGGUGCAGGCAGCGUUGGGUGAAGAGGAGGCAUGUGAUCCCCCACCCCGCUCUCUGCUCAUGUAGGCCCAGGCCCCAGC